GCCUCCAGCGCGCACGCGCAGUACAGACCCUUCGCUACGCAGGCGCACUGCAGCCCGGCGCCAGGCAGAGCGGAGGGCCGAUGACUGCAAGCGGGCGCGCGCGGACCGAGGCGCGCGCCAGCGCCAUGGAACAGCGGUUAGCUGAGUUCCGGGCGGCCCGCAAACGGGCCGGGCUGGCGGCCGAACCCAGCACUUCGAGGCAGAGCGCACAAACCUCGGGAGAGAAGGCGGAAGCAGCUGCGACUCCAAAGGCAGCCCUGGGCUGGCUAAAACGGUUUCUGGUGUGGAAACCGACGCCUGGGAGGGCCCAAGCCCAGCCUAGCCGCGCUCAGGAAGCGGCUCAGCCUGGGAGCAGCACGUCACAGCCACCACGGAAUACAGCCAUUCCUCCACCAUCACCACGGGCGCAGCGUUUCCUGACCAACAUCACCAUCUUGAAGGUUCUUCUCUGGUUGGUGCUGCUGGGACUGUUUGUGGAACUGGAAUUUGGCCUGGCUUAUUUUGUCCUGUCCUUGUUCUACUGGAUGUAUGUUGGGACACGAGGCCCUGAAGAGAAGAAGGAGGGGGAGAAGAGUGCCUACUCUGUGUUCAACCCGGGCUGCAAAGCCAUCCAGGGCACGCUGACCGCUGAGCAGUUUGAGCGUGAGUUACAGUUUAGACCCCUGGAGGGGAGAUAGGACCA